AAAUAACGUGCAGUUACCCGCGCAAUUACGAAGGUACUAACGGAAGUAGACACAGGAAAUGAUUUCCAUACUAGGAGGUAUAGGCUGGAACAGGCUGACAGGCUCCACAGACGAUGACUGGAUCGACCGAGCCAAUCAUUUAUGGACCGUGUGCCUUCUGCUUGUGUUUGCAGUGGUUGUGAGUUCGGCACAAUACGUUGGUGAUCCGAUACAUUGCUGGAGUCCAGCAGAGUACAUGGGGCCAUACGGGACGUACAUUAGAUACUACUGCUGGAUUUCCAACACAUACUACAUCCCAAUAGACACGCCCAUCCCAAAAGACAACACCCUACAUCAGCAGGCUGAAAUCAACUAUUACCAGUGGGUUCCCAUCAUAUUACUAUUCAUGGCGUUCUGUUUCAAAGUUCCAAACAUCAUUUGGCAUCUGAUGAACACUAAAUCAGGCAUUAACCUUGCAAAACUUUGUGAGAUAACUGAUAAAAUUCAUCUGAAUGGAAAGCCUGAAGACCGGGACGAAAGUUUGCGGAUGAUCGCACGCCAUAUUGACUGUUGGUUACGGGAGAACCGAAAUUAUCAUAGGAAUAUAGUGGUUAAAGUGCGUUCUAGAAUUUCGAACGUGUUUGUUUGGUGCUGCGCUAAACGUGAGGGAUGUUACCUAUGUGGGUUCUAUCUAUUUACGAAGAUGCUGUAUUGCCUCAAUUGUGUGCUGCAGUUUUAUUUCCUGGACGCAUUUCUUGGAAUGGAUUUCGGAAGAUACGGUUUUGAGAUUCUUGAACAUUUUCACGACCAUGGGGAAUGGAAGGAAACACCACGAUUUCCGCGUUACACGUUGUGCAAUUUCAAAAUUCGUCAACUACAGAAUGUACAGCCAUUCACUGCUCAGUGUGUGUUACCUAUAAACUUAUUUAAUGAGAAAAUUUUUGCAGUCAUAUGGUUUUGGUUAUUUUUGGUGGCCAUUUUAUCCUUCUAUAAUUUAGCAACAUGGCUGUUUUAUUUGUUAUUUGCUCAUAGAAGAGAGAUGUUUGUGAAAAAGUAUCUGGAAAUUUCAAAUCUGAUUCAAACUGGAUUCGACAAGAAACUGUCACGACGAUUUGCGAAUGUUUAUCUACGUGAUGACGGUUGUUUCCUACUUCGCAUGGUUGGUAAAAAUUCAACAGAAUUUAUUUUAUUAGGGUUGAUCAAGAUUUUAUGGACUAUGUAUAAAAACAAGCCAUUUGAUAAUCGAAAUAUAUCAGAUUUAAGAAGUGAUGAUGAACCCGGGUUUAGAAGUGACGAGGAAACCGGGUUUUACCAUUCUAUGAUUAAUGAGAGUAAUAAUAAUAUCCAUAAAGGCAUUACCAACACAAAAACCAUGAGUCAAGUUUAGAAAAAACCUAAGGUCAGACAGCAGCAAAGGUGUGAACUUGUGACUUUUUGCCAGUGCCUUUAAGCGGUGAUGAAAUUCAACUUUAG